UGUUUGUUGAAUUAUCUAGUCUAGAUUUUUUAUCUUGUCUCAUUAUUUUUUCAUCCUCUCUUGGUUUUUGUAUUUAAUUACUAGGCUAAUUUAUACAUUUAACUUUUUUACUAUGUAUUGCACACUGGUGUGUGUUUGGGACAUGCACCAUAAUAGAUACAGGCUAGGAUACUGACUUAGACUUGAUUUAAAAUAGAAUCACUUAGGAAUCUGAGUAGAAAGACAGUAUACUAACACUAGACACAUUCUUUUCUCAUGCCUUCUUUAGUCUAUUGCCCUGGGCUGUAAGUUGUACAGUAAAAUAACCAGUUUAUUAUUUUCUGUUUCCUUUUACUUCACUGAGAAAAGCUACAUUGCUGGCAAUCUGACAGAAAAUUUAAAAAUGGAAUCCAGUGUAUGGUAUGCAUGAUUGAGGAAUAUAUACAUGGCAUAAAAUAUUCAUCUAUAUUUCCCUCCUACUUUUGUUUUUGCCAUCUGAUAUCAAUAGAAAAGCAACAAAUAAACCUUUAAAGCUGGGUGGGAUGAGCAAAGAUACCUUACAAAAAAGCAAGAGGUGAUUCUUGGUCUCCUUUCCAUGAAAGUACAAAAUCAUCAUAAAAACGAAGUAAAAACAUCUUUUCUUUAAAAAGGGAAAAGCAGAUUUUUGAAAAGUGCUAAAACUAAUUUUUUUAACCUUGUGCUCUCAGUUAAUACUUGUAGCAUGCUUACAAAAUGUUCAAUUUCUCUCUCUCUUUUUUUCUUUUUUUUUUUUUUUCAAAACUGAUCUUCAUGAGAGCCUACUUUAUUCCUCACCCAUGAAUUUUUACUCUGAAUUUUUGGCCUUGAUGUUUCCAAAAUGUAUCAUUUUCACUCACAGCUUAAGAUGCCUUUGCUGGUCUUAGUACAACAUACUAUAUGUAAUGGUAGUGUUUAAAGCUGGAGAUCAGAUUGUGCAUAAUAACAUAUGUAGUUUGGAUUACAUAAACACUACAGGAAGAAGGGGAGACAGGACCCUUCUGUGUACAAAUUUCAGAUUGCUAGCUGUUUUCCUAAACAGAAUGUUAAGUACUCCUAAGUAGGCAGUGAGUGAUGUAGUGGCCAUGACUUUGGAAACUGCAAAAAACCUCAAACAUGUUUCAACCAAAAAUAAAGAUUAUGCCCCAAAAUAACAUAUUUACUUUAUGUGAUUUUUCUGCUUGCUACUUAAAGGUUGAGGUGUGUGUGUAUGUGUGUGAAUUUCAUUGCUUUCAAAGCUCAAUUUAACUAAACAAUUUCAUUAAAGUUUGGAAGUAGAGCUAAGAGUCAAAGACAGAUGAACUUGCUACAAAUUACAAACUUCACCCAUUAUACAUUUCAUCCAUUGUAAAAGAGUUAGAAGCAGGAGACUGUACCAGUUUAUUUCCUUAGCACUGUACUUCUUAUAAUCUCAGUAUUUCAGAGUAAACUAUGGAAGAGUUUGUCUCUUGUUUUGGCUGCCAAGUUUGUCAUAUGUUGUUGAAAUAUUGAUAAGUUUUACGUACUUUAGGAGAAGUUAAUAAAACAUUAUUGUAUUUUUUUUCAGCAAUGAGACAUUUCAAGAGUGGAGAAAGAAGUCAAUAGCUUUCCUAAGUCUGCGAAGUGUGUACUUCAAGUCUUCAUGUUCUGCUUUGUUUCAGGAAUUACACGGCUGCGGGGCUGCUUUUACUGCUCAAAUAUCAAAAUCGGGUCUUUGAAAUCAUGGGUGAAAAAUUCAACACAUUUCAGUCACCUUUUAGGCCUCCCUCCUCCUGUCGGCCAAGCAGGACUCUGGCCCUUCGGUGGGCACGGCCCAGACAGCACUCGGAGGAGGCUGCAGACCCCCGGGGCGCCUGGGCAGUUCCUGGUCCUUGAACUUUCCUAGUUCUCUUUUGGGAAAGAAAAGUGAUGCAGCCUUGAGAGAUGCAUUCUACUGCCCUCCGUCUCCCUGAGCUCCCUUUGGCCUCGGAAUGUGAGUGCUUUAGUGUGUUCAGUUAAGCGAGGGAAAGAAAAUCCAACAAAGCCACACAGGCCACCCUAAGGCAUCCACGGAAACUUCAGCUCGGCUAAUUGCUCCCAGAUGUCCUCCUUUCCUUUCACAAUGCAAAAAACAGGGGAGGCCGGAUCACUGUAUUGAUUUUUUAAAAGGCUGCAAGAAAAAAAGAAAAGAAAAAAAAAAGAUCCCGCCGCUCGUCAGGUCCCCGGGGGGCGUCCAGGCACAGUCCCAGGGGAGCGGACCCCGUCCGGGGACGCGCGCUGGAUCCGGAUCCGCCGGGAGAGGAGCGAAGGGGCGGAGAGGCGCCCGCUCCCGCGCCUCGCGGAAAGUUCGCGCGCCGCGCCCCGGAGGGUCGGCGGAGCCGCGGCCGCUCCGGGCGGGGAGGGGCGCGGAGGCGCGGCCCGGGCGAGCGGGCGGGCGAGCGGGCGCGCGAGAGGAAGGUGCCUUCGGGAACACGCGCAAGGGCGGAGAUUCGCGCUGCCAAUGAGGCCCCGGUGUGGGCCGAGCGAGGCAGGGGGACGGGCCGGAGCGCUGCGAUCGCUGUGGCAGCUUCGGGAGCCGAGCUUCGGGAGCCGGAGAGGCAGCCGUGGAUUUGCCCGGCUGGCCGCGCCCCAAGGCCCAGCCCUGGGGGUGGGAAACCGCACGGAAGAGCUGGAAACUUUCCCGGCAGAGACAAGAGUGUUGAAAAUGUUGAAGGCUGUGCUGAAGAAGAGCCGAGAGGGAGGAAAGGGAAGCAAGAAAGAAACAGGAGGUGACUUUGCUCCAGAAACUCCUCCGAUCCUGCCCCUGGGUCUUGGAGGCGACUCUCCUGUGAGCAGUCUUCCUACAGCAGAGGAUUCCUAUCGUGUGAGCUUGGCCAAAGGCGUCUCCAUGUCUCUACCGUCAUCACCCUUGCUGCCUCGACAAUCUCACCUAGCACAAUCAAGAUCAAGCAAAAAAUCACCAGGUCCGGUCAGGAAGCCCAAGUAUGUGGAAAGCCCCAGGGUGCCUGGAGAUGCAGUUAUAAUCCCGUUCAGAGAAGUGUCCAAGCCCUCAGAGCCCAGUGAGAAUGCAAAGGCCGAUAAUGAACCGAGCUGUUCGCCGGCAGCUCAAGAACUGUUGACAAGGCUGGGAUUUUUACUGGGAGAAGGGAUCCCCAGUGCCACACACAUAACCAUUGAAGACAAAAAUGAAACCAUGUGCACGGCUCUGAGUCAAGGCAUCAGUCCUUGCUCUACACUAACAAGCAGCACCGCAUCUCCUAGCACCGAUAGCCCCUGCUCAACCUUGAAUAGCUGUGUCAGCAAGACGGCAGCCAACAAAAGUCCCUGUGAGACCAUUAGCAGCCCUAGUUCCACCCUGGAAAGCAAGGACAGUGGAAUUAUAGCCACAAUUACAAGUUCAUCCGAAAAUGAUGACCGGAGUGGCUCCAGUUUGGAAUGGAAUAAAGAUGGAAGCCUAAGGUUAGGGGUUCAGAAGGGAGUGCUUCAUGACCGCAGGGCAGAUAACUGCUCCCCCGUGGCAGAAGAGGAGACCACUGGGUCAGCGGACAGCGUGCUGCCCAAGGCAGAAUCCUCAGCUGGAGAUGGUCCCGUCCCUUAUUCUCAGAGCUCCAGCUCGCUAAUAAUGCCACGGCCCAACUCAGUUGCAGCAACAAGCUCUACGAAAUUGGAAGACCUGAGUUAUUUAGAUGGGCAGAGAAAUGCUCCUCUCCGGACAUCAAUUCGGUUACCAUGGCACAGUACGGCUGGAGGUAGGGCACAGGAAGUUAAAGCACGAUUUGCUCCCUACAAGCCCCAAGACAUUUUGCUGAAGCCUCUGCUGUUUGAAGUGCCGAGUAUCACAACAGACUCUGUGUUUGUUGGAAGGGAUUGGCUCUUUCACCAAAUAGAAGAAAACUUGGGGAAUACAGAACUGCCAGAAAAUAGAGGAGCAGUUGUUGUUGGAAAUGUGGGAUUUGGGAAGACAGCCAUCAUUUCCAAGUUGGUGGCCCUCAGCUGUCAUGGAAGCCGCAUGAGGCAAAUUGCAUCCAACAGUCCUAGUUCAUCACCUAAAACGUCAGAUCUCACCCAGGACCUUCCUUUCACUCCACUGCUCUCACCAAGUUCUUCCUCAAGUGGUCUCAACACAGCAAAAACAGCUGUAGGAUCUAACACUCCUGAAAGCCUGAGGCCAAGAGAGGAUGCAGUGAAAUCCCUUGCUUCUAAGGUGGUGGCCUACCACUACUGCCAAGCUGACAACACAUACACGUGCCUGGUGCCAGAGUUUGUGCACAGUAUCUCGGCUUUGCUCUGCCGGUCCCAUCAGCUGGCCGCCUACAGAGACCUCCUGAUCAAAGAGCCUCAUCUGCAGAGCAUGCUCAGCCUUCGAUCCUGUGUGCAGGACCCCGUGGCUGCUUUCAAGAGGGGAGUGCUGGAGCCACUCACCAGCCUGAGAAAUGAGCAGAAAAUUCCUGAAGAAGAAUACGUUAUUUUGAUAGAUGGCUUAAAUGAAGCUGAGUUUCAUAAACCUGAUUAUGGAGAUACGCUUUCUUCAUUUAUUACCAAAAUUAUUUCUAAAUUUCCUGCCUGGCUGAAGUUGAUUGUGACUGUAAGAACAAAUUUUCAGGAAAUCAUAAGCUCGCUGCCAUUUGUCAAGCUCUCCUUAGAUGACUUUCCAGACAACAAAGACAUUCACAGCGACCUGCACGCCUAUGUCCAACACAGGGUUCACAGCAGCCAGGAGAUCCUCAGCAACAUCUCCCUGAAUGGCAAGGCCGACGCUGCCCUCAUCGGGAAAGUCAGCAGCCACUUGGUGCUGCGGAGCCUUGGUUCCUACCUGUACCUCAAACUCACGCUAGACCUCUUCCAGAGGGGCCACCUGGUCAUCAAGAGUGCCAGCUACAAGGUGGUGCCCGUGUCUCUGUCUGAGCUCUACUUGCUGCAGUGCAACAUGAAGUUCAUAACCCAGUCUGCCUUUGAGAGAGCACUGCCUAUUUUAAAUGUGGCCCUUGCGUCCCUCCACCCCAUGACAGACGAACAGAUUUUUCAGGCUAUUAAUGCCGGCCAUAUCCAAGGAGAGCAAGGCUGGGAAGAUUUUCAACAGAGGAUGGAUGCCCUCUCCUGCUUUCUCAUUAAGAGGCGAGACAAAACCCGCAUGUUCUGCCACCCAUCCUUCAGGGAAUGGCUGGUCUGGAGAGCAGAUGGUGAAAGCACAGCCUUCCUGUGCGAGCCCAGGAAUGGACAUGCUCUUCUGGCAUUCAUGUUCUCUCGACAGGAGGGCAAGCUGAACCGCCAGCAGACCAUGGAGCUGGGCCACCACAUCCUGAAGGCUCACAUUUUCAAGGGCCUCAGUAAGAAAACUGGAAUCUCCUCAAGCCAUCUUCAAGCCCUGUGGAUCGGUUACAGCACUGAGGGGCUGUCUGCUGCCCUCGCCUCUCUCAGGAAUCUUUACACUCCCAAUGUGAAGGUGAGCCGCCUCCUGAUUUUGGGAGGGGCCAACGUGAACUAUAGGACAGAAGUGUUAAAUAAUGCCCCCAUCCUGUGCGUCCAAUCUCACUUGGGCCAUGAGGAAGUUGUCACUCUGCUCCUGGAAUUUGGCGCCUGCUUGGAUGGUGUGUCAGAGAACGGCAUGACUGCGCUCUGCUAUGCGGCAGCUGCUGGCCACAUGAAGCUGGUGUGUCUGCUGACCAAGAAGGGAGCAAGGGUGGACCACUUGGAUAAGAAAGGUCAAUGUGCACUUGUACACAGUGCACUGAGGGGCCACGGGGAUGUGCUGCAAUACCUACUGACCUGUGAGUGGUUGGCAAGUCCUUCCCAGCCAGCAACGCUGAGGAAGAGCCAAGCUCUGCAGCAGGCACUGACGGCGGCUGCCAGCAUGGGUCACAGCUCGGUGGUCCAGUGCUUGCUGAGAAUGGAAGAGGAACAUGAAAUCGAAGUCAAUGGCACCGACACAUUGUGGGGAGAAACAGCGCUGACUGCCGCCGCAGGAAGAGGGAAGCUGGAUGUCUGUGAGCUGCUGCUGGAGCGGGGAGCCGUGGUAUCACGGAGCAACAGGAGAGGGGUGCCUCCUUUGUUCUGUGCAGCCCGCCAGGGGCAUUGGCAGAUUGUUAGGUUGCUGUUGGAACGAGGCUGCGACGUAAACCUGAGUGACAAGCAGGGCCGGACGCCUCUCAUGGUGGCUGCCUGUGAAGGGCACCUGAGCACUGUGGAAUUCCUCCUUUCUAAAGGUGCCUCCCUGUCUUCUCUGGACAAAGAGGGGCUGUCUGCACUGAGCUGGGCGUGUCUGAAAGGUCACAAGGCCGUGGUCCAGCAUCUGAUUGAAGAAGGAGCUGAGAUAGACCAGACAGACAAGAAUGGGCGCACCCCCCUGGACCUGGCCGCCUUCUAUGGAGAUGCAGAGACGGUGCUGUACCUCGUGGACAAGGGAGCCGUGAUCGAGCACGUGGACCACAGCGGAAUGCGCCCCCUGGACAGAGCCAUUGGUUGUCGAAACACCUCUGUGGUAGUCACACUCCUCAGAAAAGGAGCCAAAUUAGGAAAUGCUGCUUGGGCGAUGGCCACUUCCAAACCUGAUAUUUUGAUUAUACUUUUACAGAAACUAAUGGAGGAAGGAAAUGUGAUGUACAAAAAAGGGAAGAUGAAGGAGGCAGCCCAGCGGUACCAGUAUGCUUUAAGGAAGUUUCCUCGAGAAGGAGUCGGGGAGGACAUGAGACCGUUCAAUGAACUACGAGUUUCCCUCUAUCUCAAUUUGUCUCGGUGCCGAAGAAAAACAAAUGACUUUGGCAUGGCAGAAGAAUUUGCUUCAAAGGCUCUGGAACUGAAACCCAAGUCCUAUGAAGCUUUUUAUGCCAGGGCAAGAGCGAAGAGGAACAGCAGGCAAUUUGCGGCAGCCCUGGCUGACUUGCAAGAGGCUGUGAAACUCUGUCCCACCAACCAGGAAAUCAAGAGACUGCUGGCCCGCGUGGAAGAGGAAUGCAAGCAACUCCAGAAGAGCCAGCAGCAAAAACAGCAGUGCCCACCGCCAGCACCACCCAAUGAUUCCGAUAACGAAGAGGACACCUCAACCUCAACGCUAAAUGACCACUUCCACCUCCAGCAGGCCGAAGAGGAAGAAACUUCUCCACCGGAAGAAACCGUUUCCCCACCUCCCAGAUCCCAGCCACCCUCAUCCAGCCCCUCCCCAUACAUCCGAAACCUCCAGGAAGGGUUACAGUCCAAAGGCAGGCCAGCGUCCCCACAGAGCAGGUCAGGAAGCAGCAAGGCCCUGCGGGAGACAGUGGCACAGCCCGGCUUGGUCAUGCAGCCCACCAAGCAGGCACAGAUAGUGAAGACCAGCCAACAUCUGGGCUCAGGGCAGUGCGCUGUGAGAAGCAAUAGCACAAAAAUGCAAGCCUCCUCUCAGAUUCCUCCCCCAAGUCCCAUGCCAGGUAGGAUUCCCGCAGCUCCCGCUGGAGGCAGGAGCCAGCAUCUGGAGGGGGUGGGUCCCUUCACUAUGGGAGCUGGCUGCGGCCACUUUGGGGAUCGGCUGGGCCCCAGCCAGAAUGUCCAGCUACAGCGCAGUGAGAGUGGGACUGCAUAUCCGUUACCAAGCAAGGUCAAAGCUGCAGAGAGGCUCCUGACCCAUGCCUCCAAAGCUGGGGACACAGCUCCUCCAAGCCAGGGGGGACCAGGUAGUUGCGACAUGAGACACCCUGCUUCCCUUGCCAGCUCUGGCUCUUCUGGUUCCCCGUCGAGCAGCAUAAAGAUGUCAAGUUCCACCAGCAGUUUGACUUCUAGCAGUAGUUUUUCAGAUGGCUUCAAGGUCCAGGGACCAGAUACCCGACUUAAAGACAAAACUGUAAACAAUGUGCAGAGCGGAACUGCUGAGCACAGGCCACGCAAUACUCCAUUCAUGGGAAUCAUGGACAAGACGGCCAGGUUCCAGCAGCAGAGCAAUCCUCCAAACCGUACCUGGCACUGCCAGGUGGCAGAGGGGCUCCUGACAAACACAGCUGCUGCAGCUGGCCUGCAGCCCUCUAACUCUGAGAAGCCCCCUCUCAAGCCAGGAUACUCCAGCCAAGCCAAGCCCUCUUCUGUUUCCACCCUGGGUGGAAGUGUCCACAACGGGACACAGGGGAAGGAGCUAGAAGAAAACAAGUGCCAAAUCCCAGUCCAUUGUUCAGACACCAGGAUAACAAAGAGCGUUUCUCAUCUGUACCAGGAAAGCAUCCCCAAGCAGCCACCUCACAUCACCAACGAAGCCCAUAGAAGCCACCUCACUUCAGCAAAACCAAAGCGCUCAUUCAUAGAGUCAAAUGUGUGAGCCUUAAAAGACAGUCUGGAAUUGAAAGAGUCUGUUGAGUCCUGGUGGUAAAUACCACCAGGAUUUUUUUUUCAUCAUAAAAAUUAAACUUUAGCCAUAUUUUCCACCCUCGGGGGUGGAUCUGAUGCCAUUGACAUAAUAAAAAUGUAAGCAGUUCUUUUCUAAGCAGCUAGAAGUCACAAUAAAUAUGAAUGCUAAACAGAAUUGAAAACUAUAAUUAGCUAUAUAUGUAUAUCAAAACUUUAAGACAGCCAAGGCAUUAACUCUGCUUUUCUAUAACAAAAUCAUUUGAUUUUUUUCCUCCUAGCCUUUACUAUGUUGUAAAAUUAGUAUUUAUGUAAAGGAAAACAUCCAUUGUUAAAGAGCAAUAGGUUUUGACUGCACAUAAAACCCAUAUUAUUCUGGAAAGAUGGAAUAUUUUUAAGUUACAGUGCAACUCAUUCAAAUCUCAGUGUGUGUGCUUGUGUGUGUGUGUAAGUGUGUAAGAGAGAGACCUUAGUGAUUUUUUUUUUUAGAAAAUGUAACUAUAAGUAUCACAUAGUCGAUUUUUGUUCUUUAAACAAAAAAGAAGAGUAAGAAUCAUUUCCUUCACUUCAGUUCCUUUAAAGAGGAUUAAACUAUAAUUUUACUAUUAUGGCUCUUAUUCAGAAUAUUUUUACAGAACCCUUAUAGGAAGUAUGUUUGUGCUUCAAGAUGUUUUUAAUAUGUGGAAGCAGGCUAAGUAAGCUAUUUGCAAUCUUCAUUGGUAGUCAGGUCAGAGUUGACUAAAAUAUACUGAGAAUAGCAUUCCUAGUGACACCUAAAAACUAGCUAUCACUUUAUUCCAGAACUGUUUUUAACAGUGGUCACGUUCCAGAAUCCUUUAAAGAUAAUACUUAAAUUAACUUGGAUACUUAAGGUUGCUUUUAUUUUGGAGACUUCAGGUAUGUUUGGUGGUUGCUUUUGGAUACUUAAGGUAUGGUUAGUUGUUGCUUCUGUCUUGUUAUACAAUCCUUACUUCAUAGUCACAUUGUAUAUACUAAAUAGCUAGUCCAGUUUUAUUCAGGCUUGUAAAUACAACUAUUUGAAAGUAAUCUGUAAUCAAAAACAAACCACACAACCCCAGUCAUAUUUGCAUGUUCUUUGUCAGGCUUCAUCCAUGCUGGUUGUUGCACUGAAUAUGUUACUAUGGCAUGUUAACAGUAUACCAGUAAUAGCACUUUAUCUCAUUUAGAUGAACACCUGUGAGGUGCUACUUAAGUCCAGGCUGAUGUAUUGUUCAUUUGUAGAGAUAAGGUACAGGAAUGAGCUUUGGCUUAAAGGUAUUUUUAUAUGAAAAUGGUGUGUUGUUGGAGGAUGUUAAAAUGCUAGUUUGAGAGACAUGGGAUGGACUUGUUUUAUAUGUCAAGAUGUGAAAAUUUAUUUUCUAGAAUUGGGGAGAAGGAAGUUCUAUAUUUGCAGAAUGUUCUUAAAUGAAUAGUUACAAAGUUCCUGUGAAGAUCAUUACCAUUUUGUACGAAUGGGAACCCUCUGGUGUCAUUCUUCAAUGUUCUUGAGCGUAUACAGUGUACUUUGUACAAACAGCUUUAUCAUUUUUAUAGGCUUUCUGUGAGUUCUGCUAUACUACUAUGGCUUAUUUAUUGUUUUCUUUAAUAUUGUGGAAGUCUGACUCUUUUGUUAUAUAGUUUUGUUUCUUCUGCACAACUACUGUACUUUUCCAUAGGAAUAAAGACUAUUACUAGAA